CAUGCCAGUUAUGGUAAUGCAGCCUUCGGGCCAUACUACGAUUUCCGGAAACAGAACUGGCCCAAAUUCUCAUUUAUGUAUCAGCAUUUUUGCUUUUAUCAUCAACCCAGUAAUUGGCUUAGUGGCAUUAGGUUUCUCUUGCGCCAGUCGCCAUAUUGCUCCAAUGGAUUGGGAAGCUGCAAGAGUGAGGGGGAAAGUUGCCAUGGUUAUAGCAGUUACUAGUAUAACUUUAUCUAGUAUAGCAAUAUUGGUUGUUGUUCUUAUAUUUUUUACGAGGGACUCCUGA